UAAGAAUUUCUAACCUUAAAGUGGCGAAUAAUACAGUUUUUUUUAACCGUUUUUGGGGGUUGAAAAUAUUUUCGCUACGAAUGCCAUUCAAAACAAAUAUCGAAAGCCGCGAAAAAAAUCAAUGAAUAUUUGUAGCAAAACAAAAACGAAAACGUGAUUAUCGAGAAUGCUUUAACACAUAAAUGUGAGCAGCGCAUGAAAGCAAGACAAAACAAGAACAAAAAUAAAAAAAGCAAUCAAUCUCAACUGAAUUUAAUUUUGAACGUAACACAAUUCUAGGCAAAUUUUUUGAUACCAGUCUUCGCAUAAACGUGCAGCGGUUUGGAUGUGCAUAGAUUGGUUGAAAAAUGACUGAAUAUGAUUUACAAUCGCCCACUAGUGAAGUAGUUUUACUGACGCCUAGCAAUCAAAAUCCACCGGUGUUGGGUAUGAACGGAGAUGAUAAUACACCCAGCGGUAGUGGAGCUAACAAACAGCGUGAAGGAUCUGCAGAAUCUAACGAUAGCAGGGUGCGUAUGAAGAAGCAACUUGGGCUGUUAGAGGGUGUUGCGAUUAUAUUGGGUGUUAUAUUUGGUUCGGGCAUCUUCAUAUCUCCGAAAGGUGUGAUACGUGAGGUUGACGCUGUCGGUACAUCGCUUGUGAUAUGGGUUCUAUCAGGCUUACUAUCGAUGAUUGGCGCUUUAUGCUAUGCUGAACUUGGUACCGCCAUACCAAAAUCUGGUGGAGAUUAUGCUUAUAUACUUGAGGCUUAUGGUUCAUUACCGGCAUUUCUCUAUCUCUGGGAUGCGAUGAUGAUAUUUGUUCCAACAACUAAUGCGAUUAUGGGUCUAACGUUCGCUUCAUAUGUCUUACAACCAUUUUUUGAGAAUAAUUGUAAGAUACCAGAGGCGGCCCUUCAACUUUUAGCCGCAGUUACUAUAUGUUUUUUAACGUAUCUAAACUCCUCAUACAUGAAAGUGACAACUAAAAUGCAAAAUGUUAUUAUGUUUACAAAAAUUGCAGCGCUUGUAUUAAUUAUUUUAGUUGGAUUGGUUUGGAUGUGUAUGGGUAAUGUGGAGAAUUUUAAAAGACCCUUUGAAGAUACCGAAACCGAUCCUGGAAAAAUUGCAGUUGCAUUUUACUCGGGCAUUUUCUCUUAUGCCGGUUGGAAUUACUUAAACUUUAUGACAGAAGAAUUGCGAGAUCCAUAUAAAAAUUUGCCACGUGCCAUAUAUAUAUCACUACCCUUAGUGACUGGCAUUUAUGUAUUGGCGAAUACCGCAUAUUUGGCGGUAUUGACACCGCAACAAAUGAUUGCUUCAAAGGCUAUUGCUGUGACUUUUGGAAAUAAAGUAUUGGGUGCAUUUUCUUUUAUUAUCCCAAUAUUAGUGGCUAUAUCCGCUUUUGGAGGCUUAUCAGUGCACAUAAUGACUACCUCCCGUAUGUGUUUCGUAGGUGCACGUAAUGGACACAUGCCAGCACUUUUAUCACAAAUAAGCGUUAAAAAGUUCACACCAUUACCUUCCUUGGUUUUUAUGUGUGUGUUGUCACUAAUCAUGCUUGUCGUAAGUGACGUUUAUGUACUUAUCACAUAUAGUAGCAUUGUGGAAUCUUUCUUUAUCAUGCUCUCCGUAUCCGCGGUACUAUACUUCCGCUAUACACGUCCUAACAUGGAGCGCCCAAUUGUGGUUUCUUUGUGGAUACCGAUCGUCUUUGUCAUAAUAUGUGCUUUCUUAAUAGUUGUGCCAAUAUUUGCAGCACCCUACGAAGUAUUUAUGGGUGUACUCAUUACCGCAAUUGGCAUACCAUUUUAUUAUGUAGGCGUUGUUUGGAGAAAUAAACCUGUUUGGCUAAUUAAACUUAUAAGCUCGCUGACCUAUACUUGUCAAAAAUUAUUUUUAUCUGCAAGAGAAGAUAAAAGUGACUGAAUAUUGUUAAAAUAUUUAUUAAAAUAUUUUUUUGUUUUUUGUUUUUCUUGUUCCUUUCAUAUU